AUGUCUCCAUUUGAUGCCUUGUAUGGGAGACAGUGUAGAACGCCAUUCUAUUGGGAUGAAGUGGGUGAACACAGAUUGGUCGUAUCUGAGGAUGUUGAAUUGACCAAGAAACAAGAACAAAUCAUUAGAGAACGACUCAAGACAGCCCAGGACCGACAAAAGAGCUAUGCGGACAAUAGAAGAAAAGAUCUUCAGUUUGAGGUGGAGACUGGGCUUGCCUUGCCUUCAGAUCUAGCUCAAUUGCAUGAUGUUUUCCAUGUCUCCUUGCUCCGAAAAUAUAUUUCCGACCCUUCCCAUGUGUUAAAGGAGCAACCAGUAGAAUUGGAGGCUGAUUUCACUUAUGUAGAGCAACCAGUUCAGAUUUUGGAUUGGAAGACGCAAGUGUUGCGAUCAAGAGAGAUUCCACUUGUGAAGGUCUUAUGGAGGAGUCAUACUGUGGAAGAGGUUACAUGGGAACCCGAAGACCAAAUGCGGGAGCAGUACCUUCACCUCUUCGAGUGA